CUGUUCCAUCAGAAAACACCAUUAGAUCCAGCCCCCUUCGAAGUCACUGCGUCUGUGCUAUUAUCGUAUGGAAGAGCCGUAUAUUACCUCUACUUUCACGCCGGGAACUACCACCAUAACAACUUCAUAACUUGGUUUACGGAAGAGGUGGGACUUCAAAUGAUUUCUGAGUCGUUUAUUGGCUAUCACACGUUGCCCUUCGCUGCAUGUUAUUCCAGUCGGAAUGGCAGACACUAAUGUUCGCUGGAGGCCCCCCCGGACCUGUGAGGAGUACUGGAGUGAGCUGAGACACUGCAGGAGCCUGAGCAACCGCUUCCACCAGCUCUACGCCCACGGCACCGCUCCCCACUGCCAGCAGUGGCGUGACGACUACUAUGCCUGCCGCCAGUGGGAGAAGAGCCUGAGCGCCGAGGCAAAGGCCCGGCUGCAGCAGAGUGAGCGGGCCAGGCUGGCUGGACAGAGGAAGUUCGCUCCCGUAUGGGAGCUCCGACAGAGUCCUCCCGCAGACUGGCACCUGCCUCUCCCCCAGGACGCGCCCCAGGACUCCUGAGCACCGGCCUUAUUUAUGUACAACUAAAGACUGCCAAAAUGGCAAAGGCUAAUGUAACCCCCUUCCACUCAUUGUACAUAAAUCCUUGAAUUCGCUUGUCUUGCAUGUUAUAAUGUUCCCUUCAGGCUGAGGUUAUGGUAUCUUUAAUCUUUAAUUAUUAUUGCAGGCCUUUGCACAGCCAUGCGCAGUGUGUUUUACAUCAUAAACAAUAAAUGCAAUUUAAAUGGG